CACACCCGCACACGCGCACGCAAGGACGCCAUGGCUGCUGCUGCUCCCCUGGUUGUGCCGCGCAUGAAGCUGGGCUCGCAAGGGCUGGAGGUCUCGGCGCAGGGCCUCGGCUGCAUGGGCAUGUCUGCGGCCUACGGUGAGCGCAAGCCCGAGCCAGACAUGGUCGCGCUCCUCCGCCACGCGGUGGGCGCCGGCGUCACCUUGCUCGACACCUCCGACAUCUACGGGCCUCACACCAAUGAGAUCCUCCUCGGCAAGGCGGUGCAAGGCGGCGUGAGAGAGAAGGUGGAGCUGGCCACCAAGUUCGGCAUCACGUUAGACGACGGCAAGUGGGAGGUCCGCGGGGACCCUGCAUAUGUUCGAGCGGCAUGCGAGGGCAGCCUUGCCCGGCUUGGCGUCGACUGCAUUAACCUCUACUAUCAGCACCGUAUUGACAAUAGUGUUCCCAUCGAGAUCACGAUGGGUGAAAUCAAGAAACUAGUUACGGAAGGAAAGAUAAAAUACGUCGGAUUGUCUGAAGCCUCGGCAUCGACAAUCAGAAGGGCACAUGCAGUUCAUCCGAUUACUGCCGUCCAGCUGGAAUGGUCUUUGUGGUCAAGAGAUAUUGAAGAAGAUAUAAUCCCUACCUGCAGAGAACUUGGCAUUGGAAUUGUGGCAUACAGUCCAUUAGGUAGAGGUUUUCUGUCCAGUGGACCUAAAUUGCUGGACACAUUUCCAGACGACGAUUUCCGCAAGAAUCUCCCAAGAUUUCAACCCAAGAACAUGGAGAAGAACGCAGCCAUAUUCGAGCGUGUGAGCGAGAUGGCUGCCAGGAAAGGAUGCACCUCGUCGCAGCUCGCGCUGGCCUGGGUUCACCACCAGGGUAGCGAUGUGUGCCCCAUACCUGGCACGACAAAAAUUCAGAAUUUCAACCAGAACGUGAGAGCCUUGUCUGUGAAGCUCACGCCCGAGGAGAUGGCUGAGCUCGAGUCCUAUGCCGCCAUGGAUCUUGUACAAGGUGAUCGGUAUGACGGCACUUUCCUCAACACCUGGAAGGACUCCGACACCCCUCACCUGUCAUCAUGGAAAGCCACUUAG